AGACUCUGCAGAAUUUACAACAAAACACAGCUGAGCCGCUGCUCUGUGAACUUGAAGCUUCCCUCCGUCUCAUCUGUUGAUGCUCGCAGCUCAUCUGACGGGCCUCCACCUCCACCGCGAAGAAGAUGCAGCUCGAUAUCACUCUUCUUCAGAUUGUUGCUGUGCUCUUCCUGCCUGGAGCAUGGACUCAGAGCAGCACGAGCCUCGGUGCGGUGGUGGAAACUAAGAACAUCACCUUCCCUGCGGGGUCGAAGGCCGUGCUGCCCUGCCACAGCCCCCGCAUGGUGUGGACCCAGGACCGACUGAAGGACCGUCAGAGGGUGGUGCACUGGGACAUGGUCCGCAGCAUCCCGGAGUAUUCUGUGGAGAGAAUCCUGGACAUGUCCCCCGGAGGCCGCCAAAGGGUCUACAACGGUUUCAACAAAGGACGCGUUUCCAUCCCAGACUCCGCUUUCAACGACGGCAACUUUUCCCUCGUCAUCAACAAUGUGGUCACAACCGACCGAGGAGUUUAUACUUGUAAUCUGCACCAUCACUACUGCCAGAUUCACCAAUCCAUUCAAAUCCAGGUCAAUGUCACUAAGUCAGUUCGCAAAGAGAAACGUUACUGGGAUGGAGAGAGGACUGUAUUCGUGGUCUUAUUGGGCAAGUCGGUGGUUUUGCCUUGUGUGAACCGGCGCCCCCUGUGGAGAGAGGGUCUCCAGGAGGACCAGCAGCAGGUGGCUCACUGGGACUUCCAGGCCCCGGGAGUGCGUCCUGACAAGGCCAACCGCCUGGUGGACCUCUACGCCUCUGGGGAGCGCCGGGAUUAUGGCCCACUCUUUGCCCAGAGCAAGAUGAACGUGGAGGAGGACGCCUUCACGUUGGGCGACUUCUCCUUGUCCAUAUCUGACUUGAAGCCUGUUGACAGAGGCCUGUACUCCUGCCACCUGCACCACCACUACUGCGGCCUUUACGAGAGACGCAUUUUCAGGCUGACCGUGGCAACUCCACCUCCACCUCCGCCCCCCGCCUCCACCACAGCGCCCAGAAUCUUCCAGAAUGAUGUGCCUGUGCCAAGGACCGAUGAGGUGGAGGGUCCACGUGUGGUGAACGUCAUCCUCCCUGACCACCGAGGUUACUUCGUGCAGCAUUUGGGAUAUUUCCUGGCGACGUUCUUACUGCUGGCGUUCGUCGUUGUCGCCAUCAUUGUGCUGACACGGCGACGCAAAAAGAGAGGGCUGGACUAUGAGCUGCGUAGAUCUGAGCGGGGGAGCGUGAUCGUUGGAGGUGAUAUAUCGUUAGAGUGCACAGAGCUGAGGCCCUGCACCCAGGAAUCACUGAUUUCAGACUACAAAAACAACCUACUGAAAGAGAGAGAUAUGACCAAAGACUGCAACAAGGAACUCGAUGGGAAGCUGUGGAAGUGAGAGGGAUAUUUCUGAGCUGCUGCUGCUGGCAGGUCCAGGGCAAACACCGGAAGAGUAAAGGAUCAUGGAGAAAAGAGGAGGAAACCCAAGAGAGGACAGGAGGAAUGCUCCCUCUGCUGUAACUCUGGCACACUAAGCUUUUCCACUAAAAGGCAACAUCAUUGUUUAUGUGUAUUUUUUAAUAUGCAACUUGUAUUUUCACCAGCUGUUGUACUAACAAGGUUAAACACUUAUUUGAUCCUUACACUUUGCAUUCAUUGGUUGAUUUAUCUUGAAUAUUAGACAUUUUCUAUCAUCAUUGUUUGUAUUAAAGUGCAUGCUGUUUAUUGAAGUAUAUUUUAAAUGUACUGUGCACGCUCACAGAGCUGCAAGCUCACAGCUCCUCUUAAUUGUUAAAUAUUCCUCUUUUAUUUUACACAUUCUACUGUACUUUAAUUUGUAAACGGUUUAUUCAAAGGUUAAUUUACUGUAUCUCUGGAGACAGAGUUUGGAAACGAGUUGAACACAUCUCUAUCUACAGAUGGUAAGAAGUUUUCCACAUGUCAUGUUACUGUGUUUUCCCUCUUAAACCCUGCUAUGACGACAAAGUGACUAAAUUUAACCUUUUCUCUCCAUGUUGUGUAUUUUAAAAGUACAGAACGUGAGACUUAAAUUCUUCUCGUAAAUACUUCCCCCUAAAAAGGACAUGUAGUCUCUUUGAAUACAUCUAAAUUAUCAGGGGUCAAAUUAUUAAAUAAUAGGACCAUGGACUAAAGGCUCAGUCUAAACUCGAAACUCAGGACAAAGAAGAAUGUUUUUUACCAUGUAUUUGGUUUCCAACGGGCUGUGCAGUAGGCUACUUGUUUGCAUCGGGCAUGUACAAUGUAUCCUGGUUUAUAAAACACUGAAUUUUCACGAUUAAAACUGCUGGUUAAUGAUACUGGUUGAUACAAAGCUUCACGGCUCUGUGAGCUUCACUGCAGGACGAAGAAGAAGAAGAAGUGUGUCUACUAUCUCAGUAAUAAUCACAAAGUACCAACCCCCCCCUUUUUUUUAUCUCUCUCUGCCUCUUGCUCUCUGUCUAAUCACUUGCACACAAUCUAUUGUUGGUUUCUUCUAAUAAAACACUUCUGUAAAAUAUUCA